UACAAACAACAUCAAUUUCUUCAGUGCUCAUCUUUAGGGGAAAGAAAAAAUGAAAAAAAAUAUCAUAGUUAAUAAUCAUUUCUCUCUGUAAAAUUGUGAACAGCCACACCUCAAAGCGUUGAAAAAAUAUAGGAAGCACUCGAUGGAAGUGCUUCUUUCUUUGAUCCUAUUCAAUUUUCAUCUCCUUCUUCUUGUUCUUCUUCCUUUCACCUACACCAGUGUCUCAGCAGAUUCUUCCUCUGGGUUGAAAAAUGACACCAUGUGUGACUAUUACAGAUUUUGUGGAGCAAAUGGGAACUGUGAUCUUACAAACCCAAAACUAUGCGUGUGUUUAGAUGGUUUCACACCAAAGGACCCAACUUCCUAUGAUUCCUCAGACUUCAAAAUGGGAUGUGUUAAGAACAAAGCAUGGAAUUGCAGCACUGAUGUGUUUGUUGGAUACUCUGUGCUUCAUGAACCAAAUGGAACUUCUUCUUUGUUGAACCAACAAAGCUUGGGAGGUGAAGAUUGCAAGGGAAAGUGCUCUAGUGAUUGUUCUUGCAUGGCUUAUACUAUAAUUGGGAGUGGUUGCAAAUUGUGGAGUGGUGAUUUGUUUGAUGUUAGGUUCGUUAAGGAAGGAGGUCAAGGUAUCUAUAUUAGAACACCAGCUUCGGAUAAAGCAGGGAAAAAGGGUGGUGGAGGGGGAAAUCAAGGUAAAAAUGAGGGAUUGGUGGUAGGAAUAGUUGUUGGGAGCACGAUAAUUGUGAUUUCAGGGAUGAUUCUGGCUUCUUGUUGCUUUCUCAGGAAGAGAACACAGUCAAAAGCAUUGGGACAUGUAAGGAUAAAUGAGAUGGUUAGUUAUCAAACUCAUACCAAUGAACAAAAGGAAGAUCUGGGGCUUCCAUUAUUUGAUCUGAAAAGAAUAGCUGUGGCCACUGAUAAUUUCUCCCCCAACAAUAAGCUUGGAGAAGGCGGUUUUGGCCCCGUAUACAAGGGUAUACUAGAUGAUGGGCGACAAAUUGCUGUGAAGAGGCUUUCGAGUAGUUCUGGUCAAGGCCUACAUGAGUUCAAAACAGAAGUAAAACUAAUAGCUAAACUUCAACACCGAAAUCUUGUAAAGCUUUUCGGAUGUUGCAUCCAAGAAAAGGAGAAACUACUCAUUUACGAAUACAUGCCUAACAGAAGUUUGGACUAUUUUAUUUUUGAUCAAACACAAGGGAAUGUUUUGGAUUGGCCUAAGCGCUUUAAUAUCAUUCGUGGGAUUGCUAGAGGCUUGCUCUAUCUUCAUCAAGAUUCAAGGUUGAGAAUUAUACAUAGAGAUCUUAAAGCAAGUAAUGUUUUGUUAGAUAAUAAGUUGGACCCCAAGAUAUCAGACUUUGGUUUAGCUAGAAGUUUUGGAGGGGAUCAGAGUAAUGCAAAUACAAACAGAGUUGUCGGAACUUUCGGAUAUAUGGCUCCAGAAUAUGCUGUUAAUGGACAAUUUUCAGUCAAAUCUGAUGUCUUUAGCUUCGGAGUUUUAAUACUUGAAAUCGUAUCCGGAAAGAGAAAUAGAAAGUUUUAUUAUUCAAACAACAACGAUAGCCUAUAUGGGCAUGCAUGGGAUUUAUGGAAGCAAGGAAGGUCAUUAGAGCUUGUAGAUGAAAGCCUCAAAGAUUCAUGGAAUUUGAGUGAAGUAGAACGUUGUAUCCACAUUGGUCUCCUUUGUGCACAACAAUAUCCCCAUGAUAGGCCAACCAUGUCUUCUGUGGUUCUAAUGUUGGGAAGUGAUUUUGAUUUGCCUCUACCUGAAAUUCCUACAUUUUUCAUUGUUGAACCUUUUGAUGCUUCAAGCUCCUCCACUGGUAAAAAUGACUUGAGCAUUACAGAGAUGGAAGCUCGAUGACCAAAAUCACAUAUAAGAUUUUUUUUUUUUUUUAAGCCAUUAUAGUCGCAUUAUUUAUGAAGUUGUCAUCAGAUAUAGAUAGUAUAGUCAGAUUUCUGAUUAUAGUUGCAUUAUUUAUGUGUAUCAUAAAGUUUUGUAUAGUUGUAAUCAGAUACAGAUAGUAUAAAGUCAGAUUUCUCAA